AUGUCAAACCCUCCCAUAAACAUCGACUCGAAAACGGCAGCCGUAUUUCAGCGCAAGAAUUAUGAGUUAGUGCGGGCACUGAGUUCCGGGUCCUUUGGACAGGUGUUUAUGGCUAAGAGGACUGAUGGGAGCGAUGAGAUAGUGGCCGUCAAAGUGAUGGACUUGGAUAAGGCGAACGACAACUUGAAGAAUAAGUUUUAUCCGCGAGAAAUGAAAGCCAUGAUUGACGCGAACCACAGAUAUAUCAUCCGACUCUACGAUAUAUUCAGAUCCAAUCACAAGUUGUAUAUAUUCAUGGAGUUCGCGGGCAAUGGAGACCUCAGCGGUUACAUCAAAAAACAUAAAGCAAUACCCGAGCAGUUGGCCUGUCGUUGGUUCACUCAGACAUCCGAAGGACUCAGUUAUCUUCACAACGGGCUGUUUAUAGCGCACCGGGACAUCAAAUUAGACAAUGUUUUGCUGAACAGUGAAAAUGAGGCCAAAUUGAGUGACUUU